AUGGAAGACCAGGGCGCCGACGCGGGCAGCAAGCGCCGGAAGUCUUCGCUUCACAAGAGCCAGAAGCAGCCCUCAGCCAGAGCCGUGGCAAUGAGGGCGUCCAUAGCGGCCGAACCAGAAGUACGCGUCAUCAGCCCACCGAAUAAACUCAGUUUCGAUGAUGGACAGCAACCUGAGACCGAGGGCGCCUCGCCUUCCGGCGUCACUACCCAUCGGACAUUGUCCAGGUGGCGCAGCUCAUCUGUCGGUAGCCUCAGCGAAGGCAGCGGAGGCGCGAAGUUCGAAGAAAUGUCCAAGUGGCGCAGCUCAUCCGUCGGUAGCCUCAGCGAAGGCAGCGGAGGCGUGAGGCGAACGUCUGCUGGGUCCGUUUUGGAAAUUCAUUCCUCGCGUCAUUCACGGAAGGGGCCAAAUGUCGCGGAUGGUGGCGCGACUUCCCCGGACCUAAAAGGCAACGUCAUAGAGGCGCCUGCGGAACUGAUGUCGCUUCGCCGGUCCACAGAGAGGAGCGAAGGCAAGCGCCCAAGUACUGCUUUGAAAACUUCCUCGUCGUCGUCGUCGUCGUCGUCAUCAUCCUCGAAGAGGAAACGGACCAAACACGAAGGAGCCAAACAGGAAGCGACUGCCGAAGCUCACGCUGAGAAAGAUGCUACCAAACCUGGAACGAGCAGCUCUUCGGGAAAGACUGAGCAUAAUGCGGUGGCUGGUCACACAGAACCGAAGCCAAGCUCCUAUGCAGCCAGAUCCAAGGGCCUGCCCGAGAAGGACGCGAACGCCAAAACACAGGCCGAGAAAGGUCAUGCCAAGCCCAGAACAAGCAGCUUUUCAGAAGCGACACGUAGAGCAUCGACGGCUUCGACAACUGGACCGUGUGCACUAGGAGCUGCAGUGUCCGAGCCACAGGACGAAGUCCGACCUGCUGCCCCGGCGCCCGUGACUGCUAAGAUCACCGGGACAACAGUUGAGCCUGCCUCCACGAAGGAAAGCCACCAGUCUUCGUCAUCGACAACAAUACCUGGCGUGACGGCGUCCAAGGACCAUGCGUCGUCUAGAUCCCACAAAAGACGGGCUUCCUCGAGCAGACGGGAUUUCUCAAGACGGGUUUCCACAAGCACGGCAUCUGAUGGUCCAGCUGUAGCGGCGGUGAGCCAUGGCCAAGCUCCUGCUCAUGCACCGGGAGAGGAGGAGGUCAUUUCCAAGGCGCCAAGUUCGGCACUGGCUCCACAUAGCAAACCACCGGACACAACGAUUGCUGCCUCGACGACCAGAUCUCAAAACCAGCCAUCUUGUUCGGUUGCCGCCCCGGUUGGCAUUGCCGUCCCUGCAGUGAGCCAGGAAGUUGUCGUUCCACAUACGUCGCGUAAUGGGAAGGUCACCGAGGCGGCGGCCUAUGCUUCGGCUCCGUGGAAGAUCCAGUGCGCCGCCCCGCCAGCGACGUCUAGCAGCCAGGACGACAAGAUGGCGAGCCGAGACAAGGACGUGGCCGGAGGCGGGAAGGCUGCCGUGGAUCAGCAAACGCACCAGCCACCAGCCAGCCGGCAAGAAACGCAUCCACAGCCACCGAAGUUAGCGCAAACGAAUCGCAGAAGACUCGGUGAACAAACGCGAGAUGUGCCGAAGGAGGGUAAGGCAGACGACACGGGGAUAUCUACAGGGCCGGCCGACGAAACGCACCUGGCAUCCCCCGUGGAUGCUGAAGGGAACGAUGGCAUUGGCUCCACGGGUCGAUGGUCAUUUUAUGCGAUGAACGUGUCGUUCGUGACGGAGGUCGACGAGCGACAGCAGCAUGUCCUGCAAGCCGUCAUGAUCUGCGUGUGCGCGGUCAUGCUCUCGCUGCUGGUCACCGCCAUGCUGCUCAUGUUUUACGCCAAGGCCGGCACGUCGCCCCUGGACUGCAAAACGGCCGAGUGCCUCGCUGCGCGCAACUACCUGGCCAGUCUGAUCAAUGCCAGCGGGGACGCGUGCGGCGAUUUUUACGGCUACGUCUGCGACUCGUGGAUAGCGCGCGGAGAGGGCGGCGGGAGCUUUCGCCGGGACAACGUCGAGGCGUCCGAGGCCAGGGUCAGCGAGUUUCUCCGGAGCCGAGACAUGGCGGAAGAAAGAGCAGCGGCCGUCAAAAGCAGGGUCAAAGUGCUUGAGAACCGCCGGGCACAGCAGGGUGUUUGUAAAGAGCCUAAGGAGGGUUCGUUCGCCAGCUUUACCCAGUCCCUUCAUAGGAACCGAGUAACGGCGGUGUUCGGCACGAUAGUGCUCAGUAAUAUCUUUAAAAGAAAGAUGAGGGCUGUGAUCUGGGUCAAGGUCCUCCCAUGUGAUGCCUGGUGCCUGGUAAGUGAGUGCGCGGGCUGCCUCAUGGUCGGCUUCGUUACCUGGCAUGCCUUGGUGGCCGGGGACCCAUAUGAUUGA